AUGUGUCAAAUUCAUACUCCAAUAGAAGCAAUAUUGUCUGACCACCAACGCCAGUCGUGGAAAAGCUCUCCUCUCAUUACCAUGUCUACUUUUCAUCACCUCCGGCUUUUCGUACUUCUAAUCUCAGCAGUUUUGAGGAGUGAGUCACAGAAGAUUUACAGCGGAGAAAGGGUCGUCCGUUUUCUUGCCCUCGUUCAAUGGAGGGAUGAGUUUAACAGGACUCAUUCUGGCUGGGACACUGGCCCUGAUAUGCUAGCUGCUGGUCGUGUUGCUGUACAAGAGAUUAACAACAGAACUGACAUACUAACAAAUUAUACUUUAGAAAUGAUAGAGGGAAGACAUGAGGCAUGUGGGCUGACAGAGGCUAAUUUAGGGAUUAAGGAACUGGCCAGUAAAGGAAUUGGCAGGGAAAAUGGAAGUGUUGUUGCUGUUUUGGGAUUAUUCUGUUCAACUAGUGCACAGCAUAUAGCACCAGUCGCUGGUAGGGCUGGUCUCAUACAACUAUCCGCAGCCAAUUCUCCAUUGUUUUCAAGGGAUUUAGAAAAGUUUCCUCAUCUCUGGAGGAUACUAGUUUCAGCUAAAGCAUACACUGACAUGAUGCUAUCAUUAAUGAGGCACUUUGGAUGGGAAAAAGUGGGUUUAUUUCAAGAUCUGAACACGCUAUUUCAUUCUGGUAUAGCGGAGUCAUUCAUUGAUCUCAUUAAUAAAACAAAUGAUAAGUAUACUAUCACUUAUCAUGGUGGCAUCUUACACACUAGAGAAGAAUUAAUAGACACUGCACUGGAGAAUAUCAAAACCACAGGAACCAGAAUAGUCUUCCUACAAACCACUGGACCACAGACAGCAAAGUUCCUGUGUGCAGCUGCAAAUAAAAAUAUGGUUUAUCCUAACUAUCUCUGGAUUAUAACCGAUUUCUUCUUGACUGGACUCAUUGGAGAAUUAAAAGGAUUGAGUAACUGUAACGAGGAGUUGCUACGUAAAGGUAUCAAUGGGUCUUUGAUUGGGUUUUUUGAUCUUCAAGACACUGAAGCUGUAUUCACUAAUGCUUCUGGUUUCAAU